UGUUCUGAAUGCGAAACUGGAUGCAACAACUUGUGUUUCAUGCAAAGCAGGAUUUUAUCUUGAAGGAAGUAAAUGCAAAGUAUGUGCAACUGGCUGUAAAGAAUGCAGUGGUGCUACUAAAUGUAUCAGUUGUAGUGAUGGAUAUUAUCUAGAUGGUAAUAUAUGCAAAAGAUGUACAACUGGCUGUUCGAAAUGUAGUGCUGCUUCUACAUGUACUGGAUGUAGCGAUGGCUAUUAUCUUGAAGGAGGUAAAUGUAAAGUAUGUAAAACUGGCUGUUCGUAA